GAGAAAGGCAACGAGUCUUUAUAAAACUGAAGUUACUGAAGGGAAGGAACCCAAUAAUUCGUUUCAAAACUAGGAGAUCCAAAACUAAAACAAAACCAAAAACAAGAGAGAGAGAAAUGGAAUUGGGAAAGUUUCAAGGACUAAAUUCCAUGGACGAAGAAUUUGAAUUCUUGCAAAUUGGAGAAGAGGACUAUGUGGGUCUUUCGCACUGGGAGUUCGUUGAUGCCUCUGAUGCAGACUCAGAAGAAAAGCACCACCACAACCACCACUCUGACUCCGAACAACGAGAAGAUAAAGACGAAGAAGCAAAUGGGUCUGAUGUGCUAAGUAUCGGGCCUUCUUCAUUUUCCUCUUCUAUCUCUUCGACCUCAAAGCCAAUGGCAGUUCCAGUGGGUGCCCAUAGCCAUCGUCGUCCCCAUCUUGUUCGAUUUCUCGAUGUGGGCCUCAAUCUCAAACCCCGUCACGAUUUUGACGGUGGUGAUGAGGAUGAGGGCCAUGGUAAUGAUGGUGAUGGUGAUGAUGAGGAUGAUGAUGGGUAUGGUUUAGAUGACGAGCUUGUGCCGUGGUCGGUGGGCGACAAGUUUGGGAGGCAGAGGAUGAGGAAAUUGGGGAAGAGGACAUUUCCGAAGAUGAACAAUUCGAAGCGAUCGCCUUACUUGCUUGUGAGGCCUGGCUGCGUCCGUGGGAAGCAUGGACUGGGUUUGAAGCACAUAAACUAAAAGGAUUUCUUCAGUUCAUUGCUGGGAAAGAUUAGAUCUUUGGAGAUUUGGGUAUCUUUUACAACUGGUUUUGGAUGUAAUUAUUUGUAGUUGGGAUGUAGUAGUCUUAUGUUAAUUUGGGUAAAUAUGGGGUUUGGAUCUAACAUGUGGUUGUUGAUUCUGAAUCUCUGACUUGUUAUAUUUCAAUGGUCUAUAUAAGAAUCAAAUUUCUGUUGUUGAUGA